AUGACGCCCGACAGCCUUUCCUACAGCAUCUACCAGGUGGCGAUUGUUACUCUCCUAUUCGUGCUUCUGAGAAUACUCUCUUAUCGCUAUAUUCACCCUCUCAGCAAGUAUCCUGGGCCAUUCCUCUGGACUGUGUCUAGAAUACCUUAUGCGAUGGCCUAUGCCCAGGGCUACCUACAUAAACGGAUACAGCAGCUCCAUCAUCAGUAUGGAGACGUUGUCUGUGUCGCUCCCGACGAACUGAGCUACCGUAACGAGCAAGCAUGGAGAGACAUCCACAGCCAACCACGUAACUUCCCCAAAGAUAUGCGAUUCUAUCACGCAUCCAAGAGCAAGGCCCCCAGUGUCUUGGUCGCUCCAGAUGGCGUUCACGGUCGGCAGAAGAGGGCCAUUCUACGGGCCUUUUCAGCGCCCGCGUUAAAGUCGCACGAGCGUCUUCUGCGGCCUUUUGUCGACAAGUUAAUUCAAAAACUCCAGCACGAGAGCAAAACGAUGAGAGGUGGUAUGUUGACCUGA